CCUUAAAGAGUAUUGCACGCAUUAAAUUGCUUUUCAUUCCCUGCGCCGUGACAGUCCCGAGAUUGUGGGAUUUAUGCGUUUUCACGAGUGAUUCCGGCUGUCACACGAUGGUAAUUGUUUCAUAAUGCGUCCGUGGCCGCGGGGUAUGCGCCGGUUUGCGCCAACCAAGAUCAAGUUCCACUAGUUGAAACGUUGGUGGGGGAGAUGAAGCUUGUGUACACACGGGAUAUCGUAUGACCGACGCAGAGAGCUGCAGAGAGGGGGAUCGGGUUCUCGCAUCCAAGGAGGGAGCCGGAGGAGCGCGCCCACUGAUCUCCGGUCGUUUUUUGGACGCUCUGGCGAGUGAAAUAAAGAGACCUUGGGCAGAUCUGUACAUAAAACUGGUACAAGCCGCACCGCUGGCAGCAGACGGGGGGGAGAUUUCGUGCCUCUCUCCUCCGCUCCGCCAGUGCGCAUGGAUGAAAGUCACAGUUAAAAUGCAUGCGGCGAGUCUCCUCUGAUGUGGGAUUUACGCGUUUUUCGCUCACCUCCCCGCUUAAUCAUGUCCGAACUUUGGUUUUGGCUCUUCUUCCGAGAUGACACCGCUCGUUUCAGUCUGAAGACAGGGGCAGGUUUUGCCGCGCCGGCUGUCACGUUAUUGGCGUGAAUGAGACUGUCCGACGGAAGGGCGGACGGUGAAAUCCAUGUUUUCACUGAGGUUGGAGGGAAGAGACGGGGCGCAGACGUGAUUUUCGGGAUGCUUUGGCGUUUACCCGGAUCAGCACGAUGACACCUCACACUGCUACCACACUUGAGUGAGCUGGGGCACCCUCACCCAGGAAAAAUGCAUAUCUGGAUCCUAAAAAUAAUCCUUCUGAUUGCAUCAUCUCUGAGGCUGGUUGAGAUGUAUGACAAUUAUGGGGAGAUCUGCCGAAACCUGUGCACGUGCGAGGAGAAGGAAGGGAUCCUGACGGUGAGCUGCGAGAACCGGGGCAUCAUCAGGCUGACGGAGAUCAGCCCCGUCCACUUCUCCAUGUAUCACCUCCUGUUGACGGGGAACCUCCUGAAGAAGCUGUCGGUCAACGAUUUCAUCAACUACACCGGGGUGACCAUCCUGCACUUGGGAAACAAUGACAUCUCCGAGAUAGAGUCGGGCGCCUUCAAUGGACUCCAGGGAUUAAAAAGGUUGCACCUGAAUAACAACAAGAUCGAAGCACUGAGGGACGACACCUUUGCGGGACUGGAGAGCUUGGAAUACCUACAGAUUGAUUAUAAUUACAUCACCAAUAUAGAGCCCAACGCCUUGAGCAAAUUGCACCAACUGACGGUGAUGAUUUUGAACGACAACCUGCUCUCUGCCCUCCCGCCGAACAUCUUCCGGAAUGUCCCCCUCACGCACUUGGACCUGAGGGGGAACCGGUUGAAAAUGUUCCCCUACAUUGGCCUCCUGGAGCACAUGGACAAAGUUGUGGAAUUACAACUGGAGGAGAACCCGUGGAAUUGCUCCUGCGAGCUGAUCGCCCUGAAGGCCUGGCUGGAGAGCAUAGCCUACACGGCCCUGGUCGGGGAGGUGGUGUGCGAGACGCCGUUCAGGCUCCACGGCCGGGACCUGGACGAGGUGUCCAAGCAGGAGCUCUGCCCGCGAAGACCCCUGGAAGACACGGUGAGGCCUGCGCCCCCUAGCAGCACCAAUGGAUAUUACCAGACCACGCCGGCUGCCGUCACGGCCUCUGCCACCUCCUCGGCCGUUUUUAGAUCCUCCUCUAGGCCUACAAAGGGCACGCGGCAAUUUAACAGAACUAGGUUAAAGCCCACCUCUCGAAUACCAGGCGGCAACCCGUACAACUAUGGCCCCAUCAUUGCUUUUCAGACCAAAUCUCCUGUGCCUUUGGACUGCCCCACUGCCUGCACGUGUAAUCUGCAGAUAUCUGAAAUUGGGUUAAAUGUCAACUGCCAAGAGAGAAAGAUUGAAAGCAUUUCUGAUCUAAAACCCAAGCCAUACAACCCGAAAAAAAUGUAUCUCACUGGAAAUUACAUCCCUGUGGUACGGAGAUCAGAUUUUGUCGAUGCCAUUGGAUUGGAUUUGCUUCACCUGGGAAACAACAGGAUAACUCUCAUCCACGACCGGGCUUUUGGGGAUUUAACCAACCUCCGUAGGCUGUAUUUAAACGGUAAUCUCAUGGACAGGCUUACAGGAGAGAUGUUUUACGGUUUGCAGAACUUGCAGUAUCUUUAUUUAGAGUACAACAAAAUCAAGGAGGUUGAUGCGGGCACUUUCCGCUACCUCCCUAAUCUCCAGCUGCUUUUCCUCAACAAUAACCUCCUGAAAACUUUACCCGUGGGCAUCUUUUCCAGCCUCUCCCUUUCGAGGCUCAACCUGCGCAACAACCAUUUCCAAAAUCUGCCCGUGAGUGGCGUUUUAGAUCAGCUCAAGUUGCUGGUGCAGAUAGACCUGUUUGAGAACCCGUGGGACUGCUCCUGCGACAUCGUGGGGAUGAAGAUAUGGCUCGAGCAGCUGAGCGCCGGCACUGUGGUGAACGAGGUCGUGUGUGAGGCGCCCAAGCGCCACAAGGGCGCCGACGUGCGGUCCAUCCAGUCGGAGCAGCUCUGCCCGGACUAUUCCGACGCCUACGUCUCACCGACGCCCCCGACGGACGAGCCCAUGGACGAGCGGGUCGUCACCACGCAGGCGCCGCAGAAGGUCAACACCACCAGCAACGCCGUGCCCCUUUCCGUCCUCAUCCUCAGCCUCCUGCUCGUGUUCAUCAUGUCUGUCUUCGUGGCCGCGGGGCUCUUUGUCGUGGUGAUGAAAAAGCGCAAAAAGUCCCAGAGUGACCGCACGAGCACCAACAACUCGGAUGUCAGCUCUUUUAACUUGCAGUACAGCCUCUACAGCAACCGCUCCGGCCCUAAAGUCAAGGCCCCGGCAGGUCACGUGUACGAGUAUAUUCCCCAUCCCAUGGGCCACAUGUGCAAAAACCCCAUUUACAGGUCACGGGAAGGGAACACGGUGGAGGAUUACCGUGACUUACACGAGCUCAAGGUCACAUACAGGAGUACCCCGGACGAGGAGAGGGACAGCAGCACGAUGAGGAGCCCUACGUACAGCGUUAGCACCAUCGAGCCGCGCGACAACCCCUCCCCUGUCCAGGACGCGGACCACUUCUUCAGAGGCAUCCUCGAGCCGGACAAGCAGUCCCCCCAUCAGUCCAUCCCGUCCAUCCCAGCAGGUGCCAAUUUAGAGUACAAGUACGCGGGGCCCGUGUCGUACACGUACAACCCAAAUUUUGAUGUCAGGCGUCAGUUCUUGCACCCGGAGAGAAUAAGAGAAACAGUGCUCUACGGCACGGCACCCAGUACUGUCUAUGUCGAGCCCAACAGAAACGAGUACUUGGAGCUAAAAGCGAAACUGCAGUCUGAGCCCGAUUACCUCGAAGUUCUUGAGAAACAGACCACCUUUAGCCAGUUCUGAGCAUCACUAAUGUAAUGAAGCAUUUUUUUUCUUUUUUUUUCCUUCUUCUUCUCUCCUCUCUUGACCCUCCUUGAAACAGUGGCUCAGUUUACGGGGUGCCUUGGCACAGUACAAGCUCGCGCGAGGAAGAGCGGGGGGAAAAAAGAAAAGGAGUUGAAACGGGGUGUGCCGACCGAAACAAUCUUAUUCUUAUUUCUGAAACAUGACAUUUACAGGAAUGGAUACAGCUUUCUGAAAACCCGGAUGAACAAAAUUGCUCUACUUAACUGACGAUGCAAAAUCUAUUUUUCUAUGGUGAAGAUCGAAUAAUACACACAAAAAUGUAAGUGUACAGGUAAAUCUUACCCGACAUUUUCAGGAAUAUAACCAUACAUAAGGUAUAUUGUCAAUCAGAAAAAGGAAAAAAAAAAUAAGAAAGAAAUGUUUAUAAAAAUCACUCCUUGACAAAAACACUGUACAGCAGAUCAUCAAAACUGUAUAGGACUAUUUUCUGCUGUAGUCUGUAAGUAAGUAUUUAUUGAUAUAAUCUGCCAUGUCUUUUCAAAACUUUUGAUUCUACAUCAAUAUUACCUGUGUCAUCAUACUCCAUGAUCCUCCGGAAAAGAAAAGAAAAAAAAAAGGCUUAUGUUUGUACUUUCAUUUCCUGUAGCUCUGCAUUGUAAAAGUGGCUUUUUUUGAAAGUGGCACACCCCUCCCUCCCACCCCUCCCACCCCUCCCUCCCCUCCCACUCCCACUCCCCCCCGAAAAAUGUUCAAAACAGACUGCAUCAUUUGAAGAAGACGAAGAGAAAAAAAAACAACUAAAAAGGAAAAAAAAAAAGAAGUGUCUUUGUAUGCUUUCUGCACUUUUUGGAAUUGGAAGGCGGGUUAGCCUUCGAGGAGCUCUCAUAAAGGAGAUUAUUAUAUUAAAAAUGAAUAUGGGUAUUCAUUCUUAAUAUGUAGAAUUGAUAUGUUAUCAAAAUUCAUAAAUGCUAUUUGAAGUAUUGAUUCUGUUGUGUAAUACUGAUAUUUUAAUCAAUGUAACACCUAUUUUUAUACAAGCAUUGGCAGAUUCUCUAUCCCUUAUCAUUUGUUUUGAUUGCUUUGCACUUCUUGCACUAUAUUGACCAAACUAUGUUAUUGUCAUCAAAUAAACAUGAUGUCAGGUUCUUAUAAUGUGCUUAUGGGAGGGGGCGGGCGACCGCGGCGGCUGGUGGGGACACAAAGGAGGCUCGAUAUCCAGAGUAUUGCAUUUACAAUCAAACAAGAGGAAAGAGGCAAAAAAAAAAAAAAAAAGUAUUGUGGACUCAGUAGAUAAGAAGUAGAUAAAGGUGCAGUGUAUAGGCUUCACUCAAAGAGGAAGCUAGUAUCUCAGAGAAGGCUGCAAUCAAUGGGCGUCAGUCAAUGCGCAUUAUCUUAGGCUGUCUCUUUGAAAUUGCGUGAAGGCCUGAUGGGAAAAAAAAAGAAACUUUAGCAUUCUAACAAUGAUGAAUUAUGAUAAACAGCUGGUUUAAGCUUUUUUUUUUUUUUCCAUUUUACGUGCAACAAAACAAUGAGAUCUGGAGAGAGUGCGUUCAAAUGGUUCAUCAGGUUCCUCUCCACUUGACCCACUUAAAUCCGGUAUGCAAAUCGGGCUCUAUAAAAAUGCAAAGGACGCGCCAUGCCACCAUUUCCAGCACGCGGCAAGCAUCACCAUUAAAGAAUUCAGUGUUUCAGUGAGACACUUUAAUCAGUCAUUUAAUUCUUAACUUAAAUGAAAUGAUUUGGGCUUCUUUUUUUUCUUUUUUAAAUCUUAAUUAUUAUUAAUUUUGCCUUCCUGCGUGGUGCCAGCUGCCUUCUGUCGAUGACUUAGAAAAAAAAAAUUGAAGAAAAAUUGAAAAAUUUCAAAAUGCUCUGGGUCUCUGUCGGAUCUUUUCAUAGAAGCCCAGAAUGGGAACAGAAGGCGCCAUUUGGGAGAUGAGGAGUCCUGGAACCGAGUGUAACUGUGGAUGUGUCAUACAUGUAGCAGGGGAUGUGAAUCAUAGCCAAGAAGUGUGUGUGUGUGUGUGUGCAGUCUCCAAGCAUCGGUGGGACAAUGGGACGUCACAGCGCUGACAGCUCUUGACAUGGAUUUUUAUUUCUUUUUUUUUCCGGGAUGCUUGCAUUGAAAAAGAUCCGUUUAAAUGUUGUAUACGUCGAGGGGGGACGGGUGGGACCUCUCCGCAGGGUGAUGGCACAGAUGGUGACGUUUGUCAUGACUUCCAAGGAUACUGUAUUUGCAAAUGCUCGAACACAGUUACUGAAUCGUGCAUUUCGGAGUAGGUUCACUGCUGCGUAUGCGUGUUCAGUGUGGCCGAACUCCCAGUGCAGAGGGUUUAUUACUGAUGUGACCCUGCAUCCUGCAUAAUGGGUGCAUGGAGCAUGCUGCUGCAGGAGUCUGUAGUGCAGACAGAGAAGGGAGGCGAGGUGGGGGGAGUCUACUUUCAGUUGAAAUAAUGCUUUUAAUCAGCUCUUUAGGUCUCCACACAAAUAGAAGCGGCAAGGAAGGGCAAAGAGUUUGUGAUGCCGUAUCGGAUUCAUCUAUUUAUAGCCGUUCUUAAGCUGUAGUUUGCCUAAAGUGACACUCCGUCAGCUUAGCAUGACAUGUAGCCGGGAGUUGAUUUCUUUAAAGAGGCCAAAAGUGAGAUUUGUGCAGCGGUCAAGAUCUGUAUUCAGGCCAGGGAGGAAGUUCUAAGGUGAAAUAUCUCAGGCUGUGUUGCCUCAUGCCUCGCAAGGGCCGCCAUGAUUUAUGGCUAAACCUGUUGUGCGGAAUCUGACGCAACACGGAGCGUGAUGGAGGUGCAGAUGUAGCUGCCAUAGAAGUAUCACUUUUUUUUCUGCUUUUUGCACCGCAUGACGCAGUAAAGUUUUCUCGAAUUUAUAAAAUUCCCCCCAAAAAGAGUCGGGAGCAGCGUUCCAGUAUCCUCUCCCGCUUCCCGAGUUAAUCAGUGUGGAAUCGGCGUGGCACAGCAGCGCGUGACACUCGUCCAAGCUGCGUCAAAACGUUGGCUCGCCAGAUCGGCUAUUUUCGGCGCGCGGCGUUUUAACUCGGAGGCAAUUAUUUUCUAACUGCGCGCUGAAAAUACCAGGCUAAUUAAGCGUUCUCUGGAUUCGUUUUCUCGGGCUUUUUUUUUUCGCACAGUAUUAUAUCCGGCCGCUUGUCAGAUGGUGUUGGCGAGAAUUGAGUGUUUAUGGUAAAUAAAAUCAGCUUGAUGCUACACAUCCGCAGGGCCGCGCUAAUCCUUUAAAGGGCCUAAGGGCAAAAGUAAAAUCUAGGGCCCCAUUCACCCCCCUGCUUCCUCCAGCUAGUUUUUUUUUCUCUUUUUCUAUGAGAGAUGGUAAACGGGGUAAAUUAUCACUAUAUUUCACAUCCUCCUGACAUGAGUAGAAACUAACGCAUUUCAGCACUUUCAUUUUACACAAGUAACUACAAGUUCCACAGCUUUUAAGGUCCCUGAGGGCAGGGGCACUCCAUCAAGACAGGCAAACCCGACAAUUAUUUGGGGCCCUGUGGAGAAAUUGAGAAAUCCGCGCCCUUGAUUUCUACCUAUUGGCAGAAACCAUUAAACAAACCUUAAAACUAUGAAGCCCCCGCAGUGCAUUGAAAACACCGCAACCCCCCUUAUAUCUACCCUAUGACGAAUUUUGCUAGUUUGGACUUUUGCUGUUUCUUUUGCUGUUUCUUUGACUCCAGGAUCUAGGGUGCCCUCUGUCUGAGGGCCCAGGCCCCUCAGACACUUUCAAGCCUUGCUCAUGCAUUAUUAGCUCUUAAUCAUAAGAAUGUUUCUUCUUUUUAGGGGGUGUUUUUUUCUUUUCUUUCGAAAAAUGUCUGUGUGAAAUAAAAAAAAUGCAAAGUUG